AUGAAGGAGAAAGUCGGUGGCCCAAUUGAAAUUAGUGAUAUGGAAAGUGAGGUGUUCAAGUUAUUGCUCCACUUCAUAUACAUGGACUCGCUCCCUGAGACGAGUAAUGGAGGUGAAGCAGGAAGAGACGGGGUCAUGGCUGGCCAUCUACUUGUUGCAGCCGACAGGUACAACAUUGAGAGGCUCAAGCUGAUAUGCAAAGAGAAGUUGUGCAACCUCAUGGACUCUAACAUUGUGGCAACUAGUUUGGCUCUAGCUGAACAGCAUAGCUUCAAUACGGUCAAGGAGGCUUGCUUUGAGUUCCUCUCUUGUCCUUCCAAUUUGGAGGCAAUGAUGGCAAGUGAUGGUUAUGAGCAUCUGAAGAAUUGCUGCCCAUCUGUUCUCAGGGAGCUAGCUGCUAGCUUCCUGCCCGCCGAGCUGAAAGCAGUCAAAGAUAUUAUCAUGACAACUUAG